AGCUGCCAGAAGAAAUUUGACAGGGACCUUUUUCAGCGGAUCCAGCGGGCUCUCCACUUGAUUGCAUCCUGGACGCCCCACCUAAACUGCCCCAGCCGUUUAUUGGGCGAUGGGACGGGGAACAACGUGCUGCGUGCAGGUCCUUCUCCAAUGGAAACUACUACUCUCCUCAUCGCCAACCUAUAUCUGUCUCUGGCAAAGUUUACGCCUUUAGCCCGCUGCAUCGUUGUAAUGCGUGGUCAGUUCGUUCAGCUCAGCAGGGUGGCCAGAAGGGACGAGUUGGUUGGUGCUGUACCAUAA